CACCCCCCUGGAAUUUGAGCCAACCAACGAGUGCAUGAUGCUGUUGGGUGAUCUAUGCAAGACUCUGUAACAUAACAGUUAAUUUUAUGAAAAAAAGAAGGAACUAUAUAUUGGUUUUUGGAUCAUUGUAUACAGUACAUUUUAAUCCUUUUAAUAUGCUUCGAAUAAAAGUAAAUUUUUGAUACAAAACAAGCUCCAAUGUCUCAAAAUAAGGUCCAAUGUAAAGCACAUUUGCAAUGAAAAGUUGAUAUAAACAGCAAAAUAGUAAAGAGGGCAGUAGAAGCCUAAGGGAACUGUGGCGCAUUAACUACAACCAUAGUGGGACGUUAUAAUUAUAAACUUGAUCAUCACAUCCCAACCACCUCCCCCCUCUCCCGCUGUACCUUCAAUUUAAAUUGAUGCCUGGUACGGCCCUGAUAACUAUGUUGUUGACUACAAUUUUUUUUUACUUUUCACUUACUGUUGUUAACGGAUAAGUAGUAAACAAAAUCUCCACCAUAAACUGUUGUGAAGAACAGGAAACAUAGAGAAUACAACCAGGUCAUUUCUGAUAACUUUAAACCUUUUUAAUUUUACUUGUUCUAACGAUCUAUAUCACAUAAAUCAUCCCAAAAAUUAUACAAUUAACGAAUGUACAAAUGUCACAACCUGGUGAAGAAGUUGGUAUUGUAUGCCGAAGUGCAAACAUGGUUAGCGAGCGUAGUUCCGCUUUUUUUUUUUAUAGUUUUAAUACGAUUUUGCUUAGUUGUAAAUUAACAACAUUUGCAGUUAAAAACAACGGAUUUGUGGCAGCUAGAAGUUAAAUUUCUUUUGUGCAUGUGACAGACCGUUUAAUUUUAACCACAUUUCUUUUAAGGAACUAAGUAAUGUGCAUAAAAUUUUUAAAUGAACCUUCUUAGCACAGGGUAGGUUCCUUUAAGGCGCUCAGAAACACAGCUUCCAGCUUUUAAUACUUGUGCAUGCGCAUUACAAUUUUUCCUCACGAUGACAGUAUUUCAGCUGAGACAAAAUAAAUUUCAUGGGUUUGUAAAUGGAAAAACUUUUUUAACAACCAAUAAUAGUUUAGAAAGCGCUACCAUUAUGUCAUGGGGAUUGAUUAUAUUGAGGUCCGACGUUUAGAAGCUGGUUAAUGUGCCCGCAAACACUUUAAUAAAACUUCUGCAAAAGCCACCAAGAGAGUUGUUUAAAAUGUGUUCCACUUCUUCAUUAAAAACAAAUAAAUUGGCAAUUUCACACUCUAAACAAUGUCAACACGCGCAGAAAAAACAAACAAAAAUGCGUUAUAAACUCACAUUUAAUUAUAACAUAUUGUACCGCUCCUGUUCGAUUUUUUAAAUUUAGCUGUGGUGCUUAGGGUGGCUAAUUCGUAAUUGUUUAGCCGGAAGUUCAAAAUUAAGCUGCAAAUGAAUAACUACUAGUUGUGAAUCCGUGGAAAAUCCUGGGAUCGGUGGUCAGCAUAAUUAAUUAUUCCGACAGGGCCCCGUAUAAAGGUGAGCGCAGCCAGAGAUUAUGCUUAAAACAUCAGUUAGUUAUCGGAUGCAACUUUAAGUAAGCCCAAUUAAUUUAAACUGCUGAAAAAUCGAUUUCACAAUGCCUUUUUCCACUAAGUCGAGAUUCCUUUUCUAAGGGUAAUUUGCGUUACUAUGGUAAUAAUAGCAAAAGAGAUUAAAAAAGAGACAGUAUACAAGGGGGAUGAUCUAUUUUUAGAUUAUUUUAUGAAGUCGUAUCCUUUGACUGUAGUUACCUAAUUCCCUGUGAUGUAGACCACCCGCAUGUUAGAUGAAUACGAAAUUAUUAUAAAGCUUUUUUAGAUAAAACCUCAAGUCUAUCUGAAAGAGCUCUGGGAUCAAAAAUGUGAGUAGGUAUGACUAUAAUUAGGUUGCGUCCCCUUCCCUGUUUAUUUAUGCUUACUGGUUGAUGUGACUUCAAGAAUGAGAACCUUAUUUUUUCGUCCACCUUUUUUUUCUCCACUAUUUUCUUUUUUUUAACUAAUUUUUUUAACUUAUGUCUGUGAGACGUUUUUUGUAUUUUAGAGCGUUGAAUAACUAUGUAUGCAGUGGUUUGAUUAUUCGUCUUAUAGAUGCAAAGAUACUUUAAUUCUAUAAUGGUCUUAGAUCAUAGUGAAUGUUUAAACCUAAAGUUGAUGUCACCUUAUCAUUUAUACCAUCAAUUUAUAGACAAUUUUUAAAGCUUUUUUCGUAUGAAACCAACUUGACAAAGGUAAAAUUUCAGGUAUAAUGAAAAAACACGACCUAAGACCCUAUAGGGGGGCAGGUCCUGCGUUCUUCUUUACCGGUUAGCCGGACACAAUUCGUAAGUAUUUUUGUGCGGUGUAAUAAUUAAUGUUGGCUUACAAUCAUUCAUUAGAUUCAUAAAAUGCAACGAUUGGUCUUACUCCUACAGAUUAAGACUUUCUCAUGCUCUUUUUUACAUGUGAGUAAGGAUAAUCAUCCUCAAAUAGAUACAACAACCACGCUAAUUAUCUUCCACUCUAUAACGUUAUUUAUCCACACAAUCUUUAGAAAACGUCUAUUUAAAAGGAUGUUCCCACAUGUGUAAAGGAAUGCCUGUGCUAUUAGUAAUCUUAUGCAAUGUAGAACAAAGAAAUGUUUAGAACAUUAUAUGCAUUGGUAUAAUAAUAGUAAUGUAUUCUAACCUGUCUAUAUAAACGAAAAAUAUUGGCAAGAGAUUCAUACUAACGAGCCAGUUGAAGACGUCUCUCCACAAAACAGAUAAAGAUGAACAAGGUGCUGUUGUUAAUUCUUUUGGUGGCGUUUGCAUCAGCGCUGCCAACAGUGGAUGAUCUUUUGCAAGUGAAAGCCCAUGUUAAAAGUUUCUUCGACCAAAAUCGAGAUGUCAACUUCAUUGCUGGCAUUGUGCGGCUAAUGUUUCACGACUGUGUUGGACCAGGUUUCUGUGAUGGAUGUAUUGAUUACCAAAAUCCUGACAACGCUGGAUUGGCAAGGUACACAACACCAUUAAAUGCUUUGUUUGAUGCAAAUUUUGCUGGUAAAAUGUCUCGAGCUGAUUUCUAUGCCAUUUCGUCCAUCGUGGCCAUAGAGGAAGCUACUGCUGGAGCUCCUGAUGGAGAAAGAAUUAUUGUUCAGGACUUUAAGUUAGGACGAAGAGAUUGCUCUUCUUCACCAAAUGAAGACAAAGCUGGAAAAUUUCCUGCAGGUAAAUUCAACCUGGAGGAAAUGCUGGCAUUUUUUAAGAAAGCCUUUGAUUUUAAUGCUGACCAAGUGACAGCAUUGUUGGGUGCACAUUCGUUAGGCCGUGCACGGGUGGAAAAUUCUGGAUAUGAAGGUCCAUGGGUCAGGGGUCGAGAUGCUACCAGAAUUUUAGACAAUCGCUACUAUCAACUGAUGAUUCAAAUGGUCAGAUGGGACCAAAUGCCGAUAACCUUUAGAGGUACAACAAAAUUUCAAUGGCAAAAACCUGGCACUGUGGUUAAUAGUCCUAAUAUUGAUGAGAGAGAUCAAAGAAGUAUGUUUUUAAACGUCGACAUGGCUUUAGCUUGGGCGUUCGUUGGAGAAAAAGCUUCGUGUGUUAUUUGCCGAGAUAGACUUCGCAAUAGAACUGGAUGUUGUGUUCACUCGAGCACGCACGACACUGCUCGAAGAUACUCGCAAGAUAACGCCCUUUUUAUACGUGAUUUUAAGGAUGUCUUUAUGCAGAUGAUCAACAAAAAUACAGCUGAACUGACGGAAGUUGAAAUACCAACAACUUUACCACCUUCUCCGCAGCCCGUAGUGCGCCCUAGAAGAGGUGGUAGUGGAAAAAGCGGUAGUGGAAAAGGCGGUAGUAGAAUUGGUGGUAGAGGGGGCGGCGGCGGACGAAACAGAGGUGAUACUAAGGGAAAUGAAGUACCACGUGAGAAACGUGCGAUGAAUAUUUUGAAAGAGGUUGAAAGCACACUGGACCGUAUUCGUGAAAAUCUUAAUUGAAUAACCAACUUAACAUGCACCAUAAGCAUUUCGUAUUGUAGAUAAUGCUUACCUGUAAUAUUAAUAAUUUAACCACACUGCAUGUUAUACUUGUAACCAGUUUAAAUAUAAACUACUUUAAUAGCUCUUAGCAGUCUUUUUUAGUCUUUUAUGACUUAAAGUUUAUCAGAAAAUGCACAGAUUUCCUUCUGUAAAACAUCAUACUAUAUGGUGCUGAUACUAGACUACGCCACAACCUUUUUAAAAGAACACUUUUGGGGAUCAAAAAAAAGCUAUUUAGCCUUCCAAAUUUUUUAGUUGUAAUUCUUGCUUGCCGAAACUUGCAUUGGUUUCUCUAUCCUUUUUCUAGAACAUAUAUAGUACUUUUCGUCGAGCGGUGAGGUGAUUUUUGUCUAAUUUUUGACUAAUGGUUAAAGCGACCUAAACACAAAUUUAAAAGUUAAUAAUACUGGUCAGUCAAAAGUCAAGAAUGUUGAACCAAAAUCACAUUUAGAUAGUUACAUUCCCUAUUUUUUAGAAUGAUAUUUAUUUUUUUCCACCAGUAUUUUUAGUUCCUAACAAUAUCAAGCUGCCCAACAUUGUUUCAAAUUUUUUUUAGUAUCUAGAGGGAAACUAGAAACCUUUAUAGUCUAGGUCUCACGACCAUUCGCACUGCAAGCGAACGCUCUACCACAAGACCACUAGUCAUGGGAGGCACACGCAAUAUAUACGCUUGCUAAAUAUGUGGGUGAAAUUAGAAUUCUUGAUUUAUUUAGGAUAUGAGAACAAAACACGCUUACGGGCUAUGCGUUUGAAGUUAUUUUCUUGCUAUGUGUGUAGCGAUUUUAGAUAAUUUGUAAAAAAACUUCAAAGUUUUGUUUAGUCUAAACUGAGGUAUACGGAAUACGGAAUUCGUAAUAAUGUAU